AUGGCGCGACCCACCGCGCUGCUGCUCCCUUUGGUCCUGCUGGCUCCGCUGCUGGUGCGUUGCUCGGAGCCGCAGGCGCCGGCGUUGCUGGCCGCGCUGCCCGCGCGCUCGGCCCCGGCGCUGGCCCGGGCGCUGCGGCGCGCGCUGGCGCGCUCGGGCCAGGGCCCCGGCGACUCGCCGGGACCCUGGCUCGCGGUCACGCUGGCCGCGGACGCCGACACGCGUGCGGCGCUGGCCGCCCUGUGCGCCGCCCUCGAGAACCACAGGCCCCUGCUGGUGGUUUCGAUGGCGCCGCCUCCGUCAGCGUUCGCGGCAGCGUUGGCCGCGGGAUACGCCAAGCUGCCCGUGCUCGCCUACACUGGAGGAUACCUGGACAGGGCGGCCCAGGUGCCCAAGGGCGCCCCAGCUGCCCUGUCGUCCUAA